AUGACUUCUUUUAGAUCUAUCAGGCAUCAGGCAGGUAAGCAGGUUAUCUACUAUAGUGUAUCCAGAAAACAGUAUACACAUCACUGCACUGUGAUUAUUUCAAUUUUUACUAUUUUACAUCAUUACCUUACAUUCUAUUUACUACUGCAUACACGUGCUUCAAGGGAGAACUUUGAGAAGGGAAUUCAAAAAAUUAUAUCGGAGGGAGGCAAGAUCCUGACAGGAGGUUCAGUUAUACCAUCUGAAGGGAACUUUGUGCAGCCAACAAUAGUAGAAAUAUCUCCAAGUGCUAAUGUCGUGAAUGAAGAGUUCUUUGGCCCAGUUCUAUAUGUUAUGAAAUUUAAGACAUUUAAGGAUGCUGUUGAAAUAAACAACUCUGUGCCUCAGGGUUUGAGUAGUUCAAUCUUCACCAAGAAACCUGAAUAUAUAUUCAAGUGGAUUGGUCCUUUAGGAAGUGAUUGUGGUAUUGUUAAUGUGAACAUACCAACAAAUGGAGCUGAGAUAGGUGGUGCUUUUGGAGGAGAAAAAGCUACUAGAGGUGGUCGUUUCACUACAGAGGGAUUCUCUGUGGUGAAAUGAAUUUGGUCAGGAUAAGCUGAUGACAGUUCCAUCAGAGGCCUCAAGUGGUGACUCCUCAACAAGUUGGCUUUUUAAAAAUAAAGAACAUGGCAAAGCC